AUGAAGGUGGUGAGGAAGCAGAGGAGCGGUCUGCUGAUUUUCACCACGGCGAAUGGAACCUCGGACGGAUACAAUCGCUUCCUGCGGUCCGCUAACCAGACUGGAAUCGAGGUCAUCCCGCUGCCGGCCGCAGCGGGCGCCGCAGGUCAAGAGGUCAAGCGCCUGCGGGCGGCGCUGGAGCGUCGGGCCGUCGAUCCCCGGAGACUGUCAUUGGUCCUCGGAGCCGUCGCCUCUGACGUCAUCGUCGCAGGCUCGGCGGCCGAGAUCGUGGCCGCGUUCCGGAAGCAGAAGGGGCGCGUGGUGUUUUCCGGCAACGUACACUGUCGGCCCGACGCCUCGCUCGCCGACCAGUAUCCCAAGAGCGAGAGCUACCGCUUCCUCGACGUGGCCGCCUUCAUUGGGCACGGGCCGGACCUGGUCAGCAUGCUCUCGGAUGACGACCUGGAGACCUCGGACGGCGGCCAGCUGGCCUUUACCCGCCUCUUCCUGGACAAGGCGAAGCGGCAGAAGUACGGCCUCGGGAUAGAUCGUAAAGCUGACAUCAUGCAGGGUCUCACUGGCUCGUACGAGGACGUGGUGGUGCGCUACAGGGGCCGCCAGCCCUUCCUGCAGAACACGCGGUUCAGCUCGGUGCCCCUGGUGGUGCACGGCGACGCGCAGUCUCGUCAGCAUCUGAACACGCUCGGGAACUACCUGGCCGGCGGCUGGGAGCCGCGCGACGGCUGCGUCGCCUGCUGGGGCGGGCAGCUGGAGCUGGGCAGCGAGCCGGAGACGUUCCCUCGCGUGCUUCUGGCGCUCUUCAUCGACCAGCCGACCCCCUUCCUGGAGGAGUUCUUCGGCGCCAUCCGCGAGCUCAUCUACCCCAAGGCGAAGAUCGACCUGUUCCUCUACAGCGGGGCCAAGUACCACCACGGCGCGGUGGAGCAGCUGGCGGAGAAGGUUCACGGCGCUUACGGCUCGGUCACGGUUGUGGGUCGCGAGCAAGGCGUCAGCUCCAGGGCCGCCCGCUCACAAGCCAUGGACGUAGUUACGCCCAUGUUGGCGCAAAUUUACACCACCAGGGGCAAUUUUAUGACGGAGCUCGGUGUGGACAUGUCGGCGGCUCCACCUGCGGAAUACAAGGCAAUUGUUACCAGCAAACGGAAAGGCCUCUGGAACGUGCCGUUUGUGUCGGAGUGUUAUCUGGUUAAACGGAGCGUCUUCAGUGAUGAUGCCACACGUCCCGACUUUGAGGACGGCUCGGAGAACGUCCACAACACCUUCAGCAAGACCAUAGUCGAUUCGGGCAAGUUCUUGCUGGUCUCGAACCGAGCCAACUUUGGCCACUUGGUGGACCCCCGCGGCUUCAACACGUCCCGCCUGCACAACGAAAUGUGGCAGGUCACGACCAACCGCUGGGACUGGGAGCACCGCUACCUGCACCAGAACUACUCCCGCAACCUCGACCCCAGCGUGCCCGUGGCGGAGCCGUGCGCCGAUGUGUUUUGGGCCCCGAUUCUGACGGAGCGUUUCUGCCAAGAACUCAUAGAAACCAUGGAAAACCACGGACAGUGGUCCGGCGGCACCAACACGGACCCUCGCCUGGCGGGCGGCUACGAGAACGUGCCCACCCGCGACAUCCACAUGAGCCAGAUCGACUACGACAGGGAGUGGCACAUGGUGCUGCGUUACUACGUGCAGCCGAUCCAGCAGCGGGUCUUCGCGGGAUACGACGAGGAUCCACCCGUAGCGGACCUCAACUUCGUGGUGCGCUACAAGCCAGAGGAGCAGCCGGCGUUGGUGCCGCACCACGACGCCUCCACCUACACCAUCAACAUCGCGCUCAACACGCCCGGCAAGGACUACGAGGGCGGUGGCUGUCGGUUCCUGCGACAGGACUGCUCGGUGACGGACAGCCGGCGCGGCUGGCUGCUGAUGCACCCCGGGCGCUUGACCCACCAGCACGAGGGCCUGCCCACCACCAGCGGCACCCGCUACAUCAUGGUCUCCUUCGUCGACCCCUGAGGUGGCCGUGGCUCUGGUUGCCGGCUGAUGCGAUCCUGGGAUGGUGGAAUAUCGGCCGUUUAGCGUUACAGUGGCUUACGAAGUAAAGUACUUAGGAAAGUCAAUGCCGGUAGAGUUUUUUAACGAGGUUUUGGGCGCUAUAGAAGCUUUUUCCUAUUGUAUGGUAAACGCACUAAAGUAUAUAUAAAAGUAGCAUCACGCAAGUGAAAGAAUGGACUGAUGCAGCAGUAUGCCAGAUACCUUUCACGUGAUUUUGGAGUAUGUU